CUGCUGUUCAAGAUAGAGUAUCUUUACAAUCGGUUGAAAUUUGUGAAAUCAAACAAUCAAAAAAAGCUAACAGCCAACUUGAGGAAACAAUUGCCAAAAAUAAACGUCAAUCCAACCAAAAUUUCCCAGAAAA